UUUGCUACUACCUGCCAGGCUACAUACUACGUCACCACUACUGCUAAAUUUUGGUUUUCUAUGUAUAGAAGACAUUACACCUGGGUGCCUGAGCUACCAACACAACUUGCAGACUGGAACAUGGAUUACACCGAAGGCCUGAGAGCAGCAGUUAUUCGUUCCUUGUUUUUUAUGUAUGCUCCGUUUUCUGCUCGGAUAGCAGGAAAAAAGCCUUUACGUGCUGACCCUACACAACUGCUGCGCUCUCAGUGUGUGUUGCAGUGGCAUGUUAAAGUUGGUGCACAAUACAAGUAUUUCUUCAAGUUUGCUCGCUCUAAGCAAAAUAAAGACUGCAUAAAAUGUCACUUCCAUCAAGAUACCGGGGUCAACUUCAACCCUGAAGCUACCUGCUACAUUCUGGAGGCUACCAGUAGUUCAGUGUGUGAAAGUGUCAUGGUGAUAGGAGAGUACCUCUAUCAUGCUGGACUCGAGGUAUCAGCUAACAUGUACAAUGAUCGUCUCCGUCUCUCCCUGGUACCUGCGCACCUCCUACCACGCUCUUCUAACGCUGCCUCCCGCAAAUACCAAGUUCCAACCAAAGAGAUUAUAUUGGAGCCUGUGUGUGAUGUUAAGGUGUAUCCUUGGUGGCAUCCUCAGUAUGAGGUAUGUGCACACACCACAAGCAGAAGUUAACGCUGUUCUUAUUAGGGCACUUCUCUUCAAAUUUUGUUUGGAGGAGGAGGGAAGAAUUUGGAUAUUGUUUUAAAAAAAAAGUAAGGAAUGUACAAAAUAAUCAAUUGAAUUUUGCAUAUUAUUUUACUUUAAAUCCAGGAUGUGGUAUUUAAAUACAGUAGGGGCCCACUUAUAUGGCAGGUUGGGUUCCGGGCUACCUCUGAAAAGCAGACAGUGCUGAUAAGCAGAACGCCAUUUUUUUUCCACUUAUAAAUGCAUAUAAAUGCCAGUUUACACUAACAUAUAUUAAGUUAGCAAUAGAGCUAGGCAUUAAAAAACAAUAAAAAGUAAAAUACACAGUGCAUUCAUUACCUAAAAAUAUUUGUAAUCUUAAUGUAGGGUGAGAGGCGAGUAGUAUUUAUUGUAAGAAGUCAGGCAUGAUAGGUAUGGUAGCCCUCCUGGCCAACCCACCCACAUGUGAUAUACUACGACAUUUAAAACUCCCCAGAGGGAUAAAAUGCACAUACAGUACACUCAUUACUAGAGACAACGUUAUUCUUUCAAACACUCUGACAAGACUGGAAAAAAUCUCAUAUUUGUUAAUUUAUUCUACUGUCUGGUGUAUUUAUCAUGUUUAUGUUAUGUAGCAUUUUUUAUAUAAUUUUGAAAAAUAUCAUAGAUGGAUUAAUCAGAAUGUCUAUAUUAACAUUAUAUAUGACAUUUAAUGCACCUCAGAGUGAUCACUGUUGUGUUAUUAUCAUUAUUAAUAUGGCGUCUUCAAGUCUAACACGUACAACACUCUGUGAUUUUAACUUGUACCUGCACGGCAGCACAGUGUGUAAGUAGGUAGCCAGGAAGCCCACAGGUUCCCAUUCCCAAAUGUAAUAUACGAUAUUUAAAGCAGCCCAAAGCGAUAAAAUACACACACGGUACACUCAUUACUUAACUUAAAAUAUGUGUAGUCUUAAUGCAGGGUGAGAGGAGAGUAGUAUUUAUUUGUAGGAAGUCAGGUGUAGGUAGCCAGGAAGCCCACUGGCUAACAUUCCUAACAUAAUACACCUACCAUCCGACUUACGACCGAGUUCGGUUCCAGGAAACCGGUCGUAAGUCGAAAUGGUUGUAAGUCGACCUUUACUACAAAACAUUUUUGUAAUGACUUUAUUUUAUUGUUUUAUUUUGGUAUUUCAUGUUUUGCUUUACUUUUUAUGUUGUUAGUACUGUAUUUUAUACUGUAAGGUUUAGGAUAACCACUGUGUACAACACAAAUAGUUGUUUAUUUCCCAGAAAUUUGGCAUAAAAAACACGGUCGUAAGUUGGAUGGUAGGUGUAUAUGAUAUUUAAAGUGCCCCAGAGCAAUAUUAUUAUUGCCAUUAGCAUACCUUGUUCACUGAAUGUAAUAAUUUCUAACAACUACCCUUAUAUGCAUAAACGACAGAGAAGUGAUGAGAAUUCGUGCCAAAAUUUGGAAACAAAGCCAAAUGCAGUAAAUGUACAUUGACACACACUUUCUCUGGUGCGGAUCAGAGAAAACAUAAUUCUUUCCCUCCGCCCGCCUAUCACAUCUCAUAUUUAUGUGAAAUUUAUUUUACUUUGGGUGUUUGUAUCAUGUUUAUAUGCUAUUAAUAUGUUUCUUAUACAGCCUCUCCUCACUUAAUGACAUAGUUCUAUUCCUAAGACCACAACAUUAAACGAAUUCGUCGCCAAGUGAGGAGCAUACUAUAAUGGUAGUGGGUUUGUGUCAACCUUUUUUGAUAUUGUUUUAAUGUCACCUUUACACCAUUUCUGGUAUAUUUUUAAAUGUUUAUAUAGUAGUGUAGUGUAUAAUGAAAUAAACAGAAUAGAGGAAUUCAGCUCAAAUAUACAUUAUUUAGGUAUAAAUACUGGUCAGAGAGCUCGUCGUAAGUCCGAGGUGUUGGUAUACGAGUACAUUGGUAAGUGAGGAGAGGCUGUAUAAUUUUGAAGAAAAUGUCAUAGAUGGAUUAACAAAAAUGUUUGUAUUAACAUAAAAUAAGGCAUUUAAUGUGCCCAAGAGUAAUUAUUAUUAUUAAUAUGGCAUCAAGACUAGAGGGAUACUCUUAGUGAUUUUAAUGUGUACCUGCACUCCAGCACAGUAAGUUUAUUUAGGUACAGGUACACUUAAGUAUAAUUAUCAGAGUACAUAUAAAAUGGGCAAUAACUUUAAAACACUUGAAAUUUUGGAAAGUGUCCAGACAAUAGAGAGACGUGGUGUUCACGGAGAAUGUAAACAAACCAAGUGGUGCUCAUUGACCAUAUUAUAAAGUCAGGUGGGGGGAGCUGUACAGUUUUUUUUGGUCAUAAUUUGAAAUGUCCGUAUUAGCGGAAUGCCAUAAAGCAGGGCCCUUCUGUAUUUAAAAUAUGAAAUAACUUUAAAACACUUGAAAUUUUGGAAAGUUUCCAGACAUAAUGGAGUCGCGCUCACAGAGAAUGUAAACAAACCAGGUGGCCCAUGGUGACUGUAUUAGAAAGUCAGGUGGGAAGAGCCGUAUAGAGAGUUAGUUUUGGUCAAUAUUUGAAAUAUCUGUAUUAGCAGAAUGCUGUAAAGAGGGCCUUACUGUAUUGAAAAAUUAUAAAAGACUAUGUGAGGGCAGUAAGAGUUUAGCCACAAAUUAUAAUAUAGUACAGUGGUCCCUCAAUAAUCGUCCAUAAUCCGUUCCUGGAAGUGGGACUAUUAUCGAAAUAGACGAUUUUCGAAUCAAUUUUCCCCAUAAGAAAUAAUGUAAAUGCAAUUAAUCUGUUCCUCACACCCAGAAGUAUUAAAACAAAAAAAAAAAUUUUACAUGAAAUAUAGAUGUAGUACAUAAACAAUACAAUGUCACAUGAUGAAUGAAACAUUAACAGAAUACGUAACACCUUUAUUGGCGAUUCUUCUUAGUGUAUGGAAGACUGGAGGAGACAGAUUGGAUUAUUUACUGUUUGGAAGGGAAAUCCCCUUCCAUCAACACCUCAGGUACCAAUUGCUUUUCUGGGGUUACUUCUCUUCUCUGUUUCUUAAUGCCACUAGGACCAGCUUGAGAUUCACUGGAGU